AGCUCCCCUUGACCGUCUCCUUCACAGUUGGCUCGCAGGCAGACGCAGCUGAAUCCCAACUGAGCUGGCCGCUGUCCUUGCUCCGAGAGAGACAAGAGCAACCUUGCAAUGAUCUCGCUGGACUUGAAUUUCAACAUUCUGACAAGGGACCUUUCACAUUAUUUGGAAAAUCAAGUGAAAGUUGGGCUGUUCGGUUCGGGAGUGGGGUUGUCUCUGGUACUCGGCUUCAGCGCAGCUUACACCUGCUAUUAUUUAAUUUCGGUAGCCAAGAAACCUCAACUUAUUUCUGGCGGUAAGAAGUUCUACCAGUUUCUAAAGGAGCAAUGUCCAGUCGUGUCAGAGACUUACUACCCCACAUUUUGGUGCUGGGAGAGUCGCAUUCAAACUCUGCUGAGACCUUUUGUUACAGCCAAACCUGGGGUUGUCUAUAGAAACGAGCUAAUCAAGGCAGCAGAUGGAGGACAGAUAUCUGUGGAUUGGUUUGACAACGAUGACAGCCUCUUUUAUCCCGACCCCACCACCAGGCCCACAGUGCUGCUUCUUCCCGGUCUGACCGGCACCAGCCGAGAAUCCUACAUCUUGCACAUGGUCCAGCAGAGCCGGGAUCUGGGUUAUAGAUGUGUGGUAUUCAACAACAGAGGGGUUUCUGGUGAAACACUACUGACGCCGAGGACCUACUGCGCCGCCAACACAGAAGAUCUGGAGACUGUUAUUGAUCACAUCCAGAAAACCUAUGAAGUGGCUCCAAUGAUGGCUGCUGGUGUAUCCAUGGGAGGGAUGAUGCUGGCCAACUACUUGGGCCGUAAGGGCCGGAAAACCUGCCUGAAAGGGGUCAUAGUCUUCUCAGCAGGCUGGGAUGUGUUUGAGUGCACCGCAUCACUGGAAAAACCCCUGGACCGUUUCCUCUUCAACUCCUACCUCACCAGCUGCCUACAAGCUUCUGUGCACAGACACAGGCCGGUGCUUGAAAAGUGCUACGACAUUGACCAUGUCAUGAAGGCAAAGACUAUCCGAGAGUUUGAUGAGAGGUUCACCUCCAUCAUGUUCGGAUAUCCUACUAAUGACGACUACUACCGCGAUGCCAGUCCUGUGCACAAGCUGAAAUCUGUGCAGGUGCCAAUGCUGUGUCUGAAUGCUGCUGAUGACGUCUUUUCUCCAUCUCACGCCAUUCCAGUGGAGGCAGUGAAGCAGAACCCUAACUUGGCCUUGCUUAUAACCUGCCAUGGAGGCCACAUUGGCUUCCUGGAGGGUCUGUGGCCACGACAGAGCACUUAUAUGGACCGAGUCUUCAAGCAGUUCGCAAAGGCCGUCAUUGAAGAAGGCGGUCGACUUAAAGACCUCUCCUUAUAAAACAACUUAGAGUGGUUCUCUCGUUUCAUCCUUGUCAUCCAUGUUUUUUCACUACAUUCCAUCGUUUUCUUCUUCCAUUUCCAUCCUUUUUAUUGUUCAUUCCCUGCUCUCUAUAAUUCCUUCCUUCCUUAACACCAAAUGUUAUUCAUCUUUAUUUUUUUUGCUUCCUUGCCUUGUCUUGAUGCUAUCUUUGCCUUACAUUGAUCCAUUCUAUUCCUCCCACUGCCACAAGCAAAAAACAUAAUUCUUUCUUAUUUAAAGGGCACAUUAUUAAAUGCAAUUCUUCUGUUGCAUUUGA